AUGAUCCCAGCACUUCGAACGACGUCGCUCGCAUCCAUGCGACGCUUUGCAUCCACGCAAGCCGGUGCUGCAGUGCAGGAGGCCGCCUCGACCGCGCGUGCUGCCGCCAAGGAAGGUCUGGGUGAAGCCAAGGGCGCCGUCGCGCAGGCCGAGGGCAGCGUCAAGGGCGCAGCUCAACAGGCCAAGGCAUCCAUCCCCUCGCCUCCUCCUAAGCCCAUCGUCGUGGGCAGCCCCACCAUCCGUCGCCCCGUUGCAUCCGUCCGAGGAGGCAUUUUGGGAUUCUUGUUCGGCUUCGGCAUUGCUUCCGCCUACGGAUACUAUUACCUACUCAAAGAGUACAAUGCUGCCUCCAACCUCAUGCUCGCCAGCGUUGAAGAACUCCAGAGCUCCACCGAAAAGAUCACCGCCCACUUGCAGCGCCUCAACAAGCUCGAAGCCGACCUGAAGUCGCUCUCGUCCCAGUCCGCAUCCAAGGCCGAAUACGAAAGAAACAGACUCGACAUGAAGAAGAUCGUCGACGGCAUCCACGACGAAGUGCUCGAGGUCAAGAAACAGGUGCUCGACCUGCCCCGUCCCACCAAGUACAUGCAGUAG